AUGCCACAAAGAAUUGAGCUUACCUCCGAACCAGUCAGAAAACCGCGGUCUACUGAGAGCUCACUACUCAGAAAGAUACAAAGAGCGUGUAGAUCCACAUUGCCUGAACCAGAUUUGGGCUUGAACUUAGAUGUAGCUGACUAUAUCAACUCAAAGCAAGGAGCAACCCCUAGAGAGGCUGUGUUAGCAAUUGAAAAAUUGGUCAAUAAUGGGGACACGCAAGCAGCUGUUUUUGCACUUUCACUACUAGACGUGCUGGUAAAAAAUUGUGGUUACUCUAUACAUUUGCAAAUCUCCAGGAAGGAAUUCUUAAAUGAUCUAGUGAAAAGAUUUCCAGAGCAACCACCAUUGAGAUAUUCCAAGGUGCAACAAAUGAUUCUUGAAGCCAUCGAGGAAUGGUACCAAACCAUCUGCAAACAUGCCAGCUACAAAGAUGAUCUUCAAUAUAUCAACGACAUGCAUAAAUUACUGAAAUACAAGGGUUAUACUUUCCCAAAAGUUGGGAGUGAAAACUUGGCGGUGUUGAGACCGAAUGACCAACUGAGGACACCUAGUGAGCUACAGGAAGAACAGGAAAGAGCUCAAGCUGCAAAACUAGAAGAGCUGCUAAGAAGCGGCAAGCCCGAUGAUUUGAAAGAAGCUAAUAAACUGAUGAAAAUUAUGGCGGGAUUUAAGGAUGACACUAAAGUAGCAGUCAAACAAGCAAUUAACAAUGAACUAAAUAAACUCAAAAGAAAAGCUGAUUUAUUCAACGAAAUGUUGACUUCAGCCGAUGAGCCUGAUCUUGAAAAUGAAGCUAUUCAAGAAUUGUAUGGCGACUUAAAAUCAGCGCAGCCGAAAUUCAAAAAGCUUAUUGAGGAAGAACGCGAUGACGAUGCGCUUGUUAGUAAUCUAUCAAAAUUUAACGAUCUAGUGAUCCAAUUGUUAAAAAGGUACAAGUCAAUAAAAGGUAUGAAGGAAGAAGAACUAAAUGUCCCCGAUACGAAUGAACCGGCAAAAGAGCUUAAUUUGAUAGAUUUUGAUGACGAUACAACAGCAAACACUCCAUCUGUGACAUCUCCAAGCAAAUCUUUGCAACCUUUUGACGAUCUUUUAGGGGAUUUUAAUAAGGUAAGUUUAUCAUCCCCAAAGUCUCCUCAAGAAAACGACACUGUUGUUGAUAUACUUGGUGACGCUCACUCAAAGUCAUCUGGUAUAGAUUUAUUAGAUUUUGAUUCGCAACCUGGAGAAAGUAAAACCGCUCUGUCCGCAUAUUCUAACUCGAUUGUUCUACCUAAUGGUUUACUAAAUAGUUCAAGUAACUCCAAGGAAAUCACAGCUCAAUCGCAAAGACAUAUACUUAACCAAUCGGAUCACUUACGCAUUGAUUACGAAUUAACUCGUGAGUCGAUGACAAAACUACGAUUAGUUAUCUUCUAUUCAAACAUAAGCAGUGAUCCAAUAACUAAUUUUGCACUUUUAGUGGCAUCACCUAAAGGCACGACAUUGUCUCUGCAACCGCAAUCGGGCAAUAUGCUCCAAAGUAACUCCAGAGAUGGUAUCAAACAGAUUGCUUCCGUAGAGGGUAUAUCUGUUAAUUUAGGUAAGCCCAUAAAAUUGAAAUGGAAGGCUAAUUACUGCACCAAGGGUGAUUCGAAGGAAGAAUCGGGCACGACCAGUUUGCCCACAAUAUAA